CGGGCAGCGCUGGGAAGAGCACAAAACAGGAGGCGGAGGCGGCAUCAGUGCCUCCCCUCCUUCCGCCCCCCCCCCACGUACCCUUCCAGGCCAUUUAGCGUGCUAAAUUCCGUGUUUGUCCCAGCCUUUUUCUAUCCUGCUUCCCGUGUCGUCUUUUGGGGUUAACUCAACGAAGCCGUGCUUUUAGCUUUGUAUUCCAGGCGCAGGAUUUCAGGCCUGCGUUGCCAAAAGAUCGAUUUCUCCACCGCAUAAUUUAUUGUGGUGGUGAAACCUCUGCAAAAGCACGCUUGCUUCCUUUGUAAGUGGGGAGGCCGGCCUUGUCUUGGGGCCCCUUCCUCAAGGCAGGCCGAGGAUACGGCCGGUGUCUCUGCCUUGGUGGCGGUUGUGUUGUUGUCACUCUAACGUGUCCUGCUUCCUGUUUCCUUCCUCCUGUUGUCCCCCCCCCUCCCCGCUCCAGUGGCGGAAGGCUUCCUAUGAUAUCUCCCUGUGCUUCCCUCUAGUAAGGCCGGGCAGGAAAGGACGCCGGAGAGUCCUUAGUCUUUCAGAGGCUGACAGUCAUGGUGGACACUGGGUUUAGGCCGUCCAGCAGCAGUGGCCCCCGUCCUGGCCAAGUCCUUUCAGAUGACCCGGCCACGCUGGAGCAGUCCCUGCCCUACUCCUCCUCCUCCUCCUCCACCUCCGGUUACCUGAGACCUGGCAGGAGCCACUCGAGGAGCGAAGCGGAGACGGCCACCUUGUCGCCCAGCCUGAUCCCAGCCCCGCAGCCGACCAUCUCCCUGAUCUCCAAGGACAGCACGGACAGCCUGAGCAUCGAGUCGCUGACCCUGGUGCCCCCCGUGGCUGCCGACAGGAUCCUGGCCGUGGGCACCGCCCAGUCCCUGGCGGCGGAGUCGGAGGCCCUGGUGGACCCCCCGCAGCCCUAGCCGUGGCUCGGGCGGUGGCCGAAGGCGGAGGGCAAACGGGGCCUCGUCCAGGAACCCCCCCCCUUGCUGGAGGCCUCCGGCUGAUCUGCCCCACCCAGCCAGUCGCCCAGUUCUCUGAGCCAAUAAAGAGGAGCCCAUGUUU